AUGGCUCCCGACGCCUCUACAUGCCUGCCGGACGAGGUGCAGGCCGAGCUUCGCCGCCACGCGACAGCCAUCCACUACGCCCUGCGCCACCCCCCAAACAAGGCCACCACUCCGAACGACGUAUUGCAGCGGUGGGAGGAAGGCGUCAAAAACGCAGUCUACGCGAUCAGUGAGCUUUAUCCAAAGCAUCAUGCGCAGAUCCCCGCCCUGCCGAAGUUCGUACUGGGUGCCCUGUAUGAGUACGACUACGCUGCAUUCGCUGCAGAGACCGGCGAAACAUAUGUUCCCUCCCCGUGGAAUGUUAAGCCGUAUGGACGGGAGGAUCCGCGGGAUGGAGGGUUUCCAUUCAGCUACCCUAUCGUUGGUGAUGACGAUUGGAAAGUCGGAUUCGUUCCGCUCAGAGAGCUCCAGGACGGCUGGGUAUUCGAAUCCAUCCAUAGCGCUAAGCUCCGCAUUAGGGAGAUCCUGCAAGCACGCCCCAGUAUCCUCGUAGAUGACGGCCACAGCAAGGAAGAUGGGAAACGGGGGCGGACCCCUUUCCGUCAUGCCCAGGAGAAGAGGCCUGCGCGUGCACAAAGGCUGGAUUACGUUUCACCCCCACGCCACAAGGGGAAAGGAAAAAGGGCCGCUGCCGAACGGGAAGAACCGCGACGGGAUUCCGUCGAAAGCGAAGAUACUCCAGGGUCCCCCAGCCCACCGCCGAAUCCGCGCGGUCCUAACAAGCGGGUUAUCCGCAAGCCGUCGCGCGCACCGGGCACGACCUCCAGAGCAACCUCACUGUCAAAAUCGAGAGCAACAUCUCGAGCAACAUCUCGGGCGUCGUCGCGCAUUUCUUCUCGUGCUCCAUCUCGCGCUCCCUCUCGCGCUUCCUCUCGUGCACAGUCGACUGGCCGCGCCGGGAAAGCCAAAGCCCGAAGAAACAGGAAGAAGCAGACCGCGCCAUUCGUGCACCAUGAGAAAUACUUUCCCCCGCCGGUGCCUGUCAGCGAAUUCAAGACGUUCUACCCACUUGUAACCCUCCCCCAUCUUCGUGCUCAUCCGCUGCACGUCUUCCAGUCCAUGAGGUGCAGCCCCUGUAAAGAGCACGGUACAACUUGCCAAUUCUGGCCUUUGGGUGGGACGGCUUGCGUUUGCUGCCAGAACCGGCGCAUCGCUUGCGACGUUGUUCCCGACAUCGCCGCCGGAAACUCAAAGUCUGUGCUUGCCAAACACCGCAUGCUUCGCGUCGGGAUGAUGUUGGCGAAUCCCAACGUCUUCCCCUCGCCGAGCCUGUACCCGAAGAAGUGGCGUCAAGCUUACAAAGACGAUGUUCCGACGUGGACUAGGUAUCUAUCGGAGAUUUGGAGGGUUGCGGGGGCCGACAAGCAUGAGGAGGCCCAGACGCGCACCAAACCGGACACGUUGGAAUUCCGGGAUAACGGCUUCGUUCCGUACCCGGUUGGGGUUGCUACACUCGACGAAGAAAACGUUGCUCCCGGGGAUCCCGAAUGGCAACCAAACGACAACAAGAAACCGAGGGGCCGUCGGUUCCAGGACAACGAUGACGUGGAUGGGCUGUUUGAAACGGAGGAGGACUGGCUUGAGGAGGUGCGCAAAGCACUUGAGGGUGAAGGCACGCAUGAGGAUCGCAAUGUGCAGCCGCAGCGACCCCGAAAACGUGCUAGAAUUCGCAGUCCUGAUGCGGAGAGCGAUGCCGACGAAGAAGGAAUAAAGCUUUUACCAGGCCCAUCCGUCGCAAGCUUUAACCUUCCGCCCCAAGUACCAGGAGGUGACUUCUUCGGCAUUCCAGAGUCGAACCUGCCCUUCGUCGAUGGGCAUAAGCGAUGGCAAAGCAGGGCGGAAUCGCGGCAAGCAACGAUGGCGGACAUCGACGCGCUUCGAACGGAGAUUGCCAAAAACAACGCACUGCUGCAGCGCGAAUGUCAGGAAACGAAGCGGCUUCGAGAAGAUGUUGAUGCUCUGCGCGCGCGCGUUCUCGAGCUCGAGGAAGUGAACCAAGCAUUCCUGACUGCGUCGCCGUUCGUGUUCGAUGCGGCUGCCGACUUCAACGAUCCGCCAGCCCCGACUCCCGAUUACAUGGCAAAUUUUGAAGCGGCCUCGUCUCAUCUUGCGUUCAGCGCCGCGCCGUUCCCACCGCAGACAUCAGCCCCCAUGGUCUCCACACCGCCAACCUCCACCACCACCCCACCGCCACCGCUGACGCCAAACACCAUGCUUGGGGGGCCACAAAAUGCCGCGGUCGAGUCCUCGGUCUCUGCGCAUCCCCAGCCAUCACUUCCGCCCCGGGUUGAGCCUAUGGUAUCCACGCCGAAUGUCCGACGUGUUGACAUUGCGGUGUCGCCCCCAUUCUCUCUGCCCCUUCCACGUCUACCGGCAAGUCUUACUCGGCUUCCAUCGUAUGCCUCGUCUUCGUCCGACGAGGAAAUGGAGGAAACCAAAUCGAGCCUGGAAGGAACAAGAGUGAGCCCCACGUCUCGUCUACGCACGAAGCAAGCUUCCGAGCCCCUGUCGCCGGGUGCCUUACCAUCCGCAUUGGGGCUCGUUGGGCUUGAAGAAGAGACGGCCACACCUACAGCGUUGUCCGGGCCAAUUCCUGACAGCGAAGAUACGCCGGAGUCACUCGGCGAUCAGGUUAUAGGGCCCCGCCUGCCCCCAUGGCGCAUCUUCGACGAAUCCACCGAGACCACAGAGAACUGCCAGAGGGGCCCGCUGCGGGUGUCGCGGACAUUCAGAUGGACAACACAUAAGACACGAGGAUGA